AUGACCGUUCCCGCAGAGAAGCUCAUCAGCCCGUCGUCGAUCGGCCACUUUGGCAUCCGCACCACGCCCGACAAGUUUGACGCCAUGGUCAAGUGGCAUCUCGACUUCUUCGGUGGCCGCCUUGUGCUGCGUAACUCCAAAGCCGCAUUCAUUGCUUGGGACCACGAGCACCACCGUAUGGUCAUCGUGUCCGAUCCCGCGCACAAGCAGAUCGCCGAGCGCUCCACGGCCGCCACCGUCUACCACAUUGCAUUUACCCUGGACAGCCUGGCUGACCUGGCCACCAGCUACGAGCAGAAGAAGGAGCGGGGCAUCGUGCCGCACUGGCCCGUCAAUCACGGCAUGAGCACGAGCAUGUACUACCUGGACCCGGACGGAAAUGAGUUCGAGAUGCAGGUCGACAACUUCGACACGGCUCAGGAAGCGGUAGACUUCAUGAUGACGGACGAGUACGCGCAGAACCCGAUCGGGGUGGACAUCGACAUUGUCGAGUUCCUCCAGAGGGUCAGAAGCGGGGAGGACGAGGCGGUGAUCAAGAAGCGUCCCGUCAUUGGACAGCGGCUGUCGCGGUACGAGAACUCGAUCUACUUCACGAAGCCAGUGGAGACGUAG